AUGUCUAACCAACAAACAGAGGAGGAAGUUUUCGAGUUCCUCAACUCGCUUCCGGAAAACAAUGGCCAGCCGGUCAAAGAUGCAGGCAAGCCAGACGAGGACAUUCUGGAUUUUUUGGACGAAUUGGAGGCCAAAGAGAAAGAUGGGAAAACAAAGACCGUGAACAAGAAACAGGCACCGGCCAAGCAGAGCAGCGAGCCGGCGGCCAAGAAAGUCGAGACAAAGCCGGUCCAGGAGCCAGAGCCAGAGCCGGUUACAGAACAGACACAGCAAGAAGAACCAAAACCACAGGAAUCCCUGGUGAACGACCCAAUCACCUCAUUUUCCUCGUGGUGGUCUAAAGAAGGGAGCUCCAAAGUGUCGUCGCAGUUCUCGUCGCUGUGGGGGACAGCCGAGUCCGCCUUGAACUACGCCAAGGAACAGAAUUUGGAGAACAACCUCAAAAAGGCGUUCCACGAAAUUGGCAUUACCGGGGUGCUGGAAGGUGACAGAGAGCUUACUGACGACGAGAAACAGAAACUACUCAAGCUGCCAGACACAAAGCAGGCGCUGGACUCGUUGAACAAAGGGUUCAGUCUUUUAUCGACACAGCUGAACACGGCGCUGGAGAAGAUCCAGCACGACAUCGACGCCAACAGAGACGAGAUCCUGGACGUGAAGCUGGUGCACGACCUCAAGAACUACAAGAAGCUGACGCGGUUUGUGAAGAACAACUUCGAAGGCGUGAUGCGGUCGCAGGUGGACGGCGAUAUCCAGGUGACCAUCAGCGAGAGCGGGAUACUGUCGUCGUCGGCAGAGGCCCAGGACCACACCAAGAGCCUGGGGCUUUUUGCGGGGAAGCUUUCUGACGGUGAGAAGCUGAUACACGCCAACAUCGAAAGCGUGAUCAAGAGCGAUUCGGCGAAAGAGCAAGAAGAGAACCCGGAAAUAAGAAAGUCGCAGAUAUAUAUUGGAUUGCUGGCCAUCUCGCUAAAUAAGGAGGACGAGCCGGCAGAAGAGACAGACAUACUGACCAUUGACGAAUACCAACCUUCGUCAUUCUCGUUCACGGCCAUACUGAUUGACAAGACACACAACUUGACCAUUGUGAACCGGUCGCAGCCGUUCCCUUUGAAAUGGGCCAACUGGCUCGACGGCAAGUUUGCAGACGGAGAAGCCAACGAGGAGGUCGACCCUAGCGAGUGGGUGGUCGAGUGGGUCAACAAGGGACUCGACAUGAUCAGAUCAGGCUCGUCAGAGGCUAUCAGUUUGUGGUCCCAGUCCACCACCAACGGCGGCUGGAACACGUUCUCCUUGGCCAGCUCGUCCAAGGUCUUGGACUCGUACUGUUUCAGCGUGGUGCUAUCUGCGGACUGCAAGUCGAUCACAUGGUCAUUCGCCGAGCCGAGGGUAGGAAAUGCGUCUUUGAAUGCCUUCUUGCACUGCGGGUUCAUGGACAGCGUCUGCUUGAUGAAUUUGAACUGGUCGCCCGUGGGGAACCGCUCGCACACAUCCACAUUGUACCUGUAUUCCAAUCCCUUUGAUCCGAAAAGCAGCUGGGUGAUUUUGGACGGAGGUUUCUCCGUCUUGCUAAGAGACGACUUGUUGGUUGCGUUUUGUUCCAGAAUGCGCAAAAGCUUCGUAGACGCCGCGAUUUUUGGCGAAUGGCUAAAUGUUAGGCCGUACAGACAGAUCAACUUACAAGAUGGUGAUGGUUCCUUGCAGAUUUUGCAAACUCUUGAGCAUGGACAUGAUAAGAAGAAAGUAACAUUUACAGCGUACCAGAUUGCUCGCGCUGCCUGUACUUACAAUGUUGGGGAGAUCGUGGUGCUAGAUGUUCCUGAGGAUCAAGCUGAGACCGAGUCGAAUAAGACUGUGUUUAAAGACACCCUGCGCGCCACGAGCGAGUCUACCCUGCUGCUGGUGAGUUUGCUUCAAUUUUUUGUCACCCCAUCGUACCUGGUGCAGUCGGUCUUCAAGGCCUCGGUCACAAAUAACUUCAAGUUCGCCAAAAAGCUACCAAAGAUUUCAACGCUCCCGUACAUGCAAUCCGAAACCGCCUCGCAUUUCAAAGAGGGACUCACUGUCCCAAAGAAGUCCUCUGUCAAGAAAAACGCCGCUGGAAAGGUCGUAAAGAAGAAAAAGCCAACAACCACCAAAUACGUUAAUAUAGGUUCCAAGGAGAUGUUUGAACUCGACAAAGAGGUGGCCGUCAACGUGAGAGUCACAGUCGACACACAAUCGAAAAAAGUGGUAUCCUCCAAAGAAGCAUAUGGCGAAAUCGGGGCCCUGAACUCGUUUGGCUACCAUGUCAGAGUGGCUACCAAAUUUACGUCUCUUUUCACCGAGCCGGGAUACCCACAGGGAUAUGACAAGUGUGUCUAUGUGAGCAGUGGAGACUACUUUUCAAAGACACUCCCGCCAUUAGAAUUGGCCAACUACGAAAAAAAUGCCGAAGACCAAAGGCUGCUUCUUGUCGUUUCCAAAUGGAAAGAUAUUGAACGCUCGUUUGCCCAGGACACCAUCGACGGUGUCACAAACCCUCAACAGAUGAUGGAUAGCACUCUUCCAAUCCCCUUGGGAACAAGAGUGGAAGACGGCGUGCUCAUAGCCCUCAACCCAUCUUCUGGCGUUUCUGAAGAUUCUGAUCCAUGGGCCGUAGCCUUCCCAAUCGGCAGCCUCUUCGACUGGGUAAUAGGAGUUCGACUCCAAUCGACAAACUCUCUCUGGGUGAGGCAUCAUGGCCAAAACCCUACCGUUAGGGGUCCGGAUACCGGUGAUACCGUUUGGCGAGCCGUUAGGGUUGAACGGGUACUUCUCGGUCGGCAGACCGUAGUUGUCCACGUAUCUUGCGGCAGUGAGUCCUUGGUUGACGAACUCGGCGAGCUUGGCCUCCUUGGCACCGAAAUGCGCUCUUCCUUCUCCGUGUGCAACCGCGAUAGGAAUCCGGGAGCCACGCAUGCCGUCGAAGAAGAUCAACGGCACCUCCGUGUUGUCCUCCAUAAUUUCCACAGUGCACACUCUGGCCUCGUACUGUUCCGACUUGUUUCUCUCGAAAGAUGGCCAGUUCUCGGUUCCUGGAAUCAGCUCCUUGAUCUUGGACAGGAAUUGACAUCCAUUACACGAUCCAAACGCGAACGUGUCAUCUCUCUCUUGGAAGAACUUGUAGAACUCGGAUCUGGCCUUCUCGUUGUACAAGACAGAGUCAAAGCCGGCCUGUUGGAAACACCAUGCCAUCUCCUGCUGACUGUUAACACCUUGCUCUCUCAAAAUGGCAACCUUCGGACGGUUGGUCAACGUGGAGAGCUGGAGAUCGUCCUUUGGAUCGUAUGUGAGCUUGUAAGUCAAACCAGGGUCUUGGUUGUCCAGAAUGGCCUGGAACUCCUGGUCAGCGCUUUGAGGGUUGUCUCUGAGCUUUUGCAUGUGGUAGGAAGUGAGAGACCAAACUUGCUGCAAUUUACCUCUCGACUUGGACAGAACGGUAUUGCCGUUAUAAGAAACAGUAAUUUGUUGCUCAGCAUCAAACACAGGCUUUCCGACAAUAGAAACAAACGACUCAGGCACGCCGGCAGCUGCCAAAAUUUGCACAAAAUUGGCGUACUCAUCAGCCUUGAUUUGGAACACAGCUCCAAGCUCCUCAUUGAACAGAGUGGUGUACAGAUCGUCCUUGACGUUUGCAAGGUCAACCUCCAAACCGCUUCUGGCAGCAAAAGCCAUCUCCAAAAGAGUGACAAUAAGACCACCGUCAGAUCUGUCGUGGUAAGCCAGGACAUCAAACUCUUUGUGCAGAGUCAAAAGAGCACUGACAAAGCUCUUGAGCACUUUGGCAUCAUGAACAGUUGGACAGCUGUCACCAACCUGGUUGUACACUUGUGCCAAAGCAGAUCCACCAAGAGACUUGGUCACCAGAGUUGCCAGGUCAACAAGAACAAGAACCGUGUUGUCCACUCUUUGCAAAACUGGGGUCCAGGUCUUAGAAGUGUUGUCAACACCACCAAAGGCAGUGAUGAUCAAAGACAUUGGAGCAAUGACCUCCUUUUGGUCCCAGGACAUCUUCAUGGACAUAGAGUCCUUACCAACAGGGAUGGAAAUACCCAGUUCUGGACACAGUUCCAAGCCGAUAGCUUGCACGGCCUCGUACAAAGCAGUUCCCUCACCAGGGUGGCUGGCUGGAGCCAUCCAGUUAGCAGAAAGCUUGAUGAAGUCGGUGCUCUUGACGUCUGCGGCCAAAAGGUUCAGCAACGAUUCAGCAACACACAUCUUGGCCGAGGCAGCGGCAGAGAUCAGAGCCAAAGUUGGUUUCUCACCCAUGGCAAGAGCUUCACCGGUGGAUAUCACUUCCUUUCCGAGCGACGUAGCAGUAACACCAACAUCGGCAACGGGAACUUGCCAUGGUCCAACAAACUGGUCUCUGUCGAUCAAUCCGGUAACACUUCUGUCACCGAUGGUGAUCAAGAAGGAUUUAGAACCAACAGAUGGGAGUUGGAGAACUCUGCUCAAUGCGUCAUCAACAGUGGUUUCUGGAGCGAUCUCAACAGGAGAAAGUUUGGCGUGCUUGAUCUCUUUAAACAAGUCAAGAUCCUGUUGUCCAACACCAAGAACAAAUCUUUCCUGCGAUUCGUUACACCAGAUCUCCAAUGGAGACAUUCCUGGCUCAAGAGACAAGAUCUCACGGAGCUCGAACUUGGCUCCCAAAUCGUUAUCAUGGACAAGUUCUGGCAAAGCGUUGGACAAUCCACCAGCUCCAACAUCGUGGAUACACUGAAUUGGAGAGUUGGAUCCGUAAGCAUUACAAGCAUCAAUCACUUGUUGUGCUCUUCUUUGCAUCUCUGGGUUACCUCUCUGAACAGAGGCAAAGUCAAGGUCUGCAGAUCCUUCACCAGAAGCAACCGAGGAGGCAGCACCUCCUCCAAGACCAAUCAGCAUAGACUGUCCUCCCAAGACAAUGAUAGCAGAGCCUGGAGUAAUCUUGUGGUCGGACUUGAGAGCCAACUGAGGUCUGACAGCACCCAUACCACCAGCAAUCAUAAUUGGCUUGUGGAAUCCACGGAGCUCUUCCUUGUUGUCUGCGUUGGUGACCUUGGUAGUCAAGGUUCUGAAGUAACCGGUAAUACACGGUCUUCCAAACUCGUUGUUGAACGCAGCAGAACCCAGUGGGGCCUCGAUCAUGAUGUCCAAUGGAGAGGCAAUGUGGGAAGGCUUUCCAACAUUGAGCUCCCAAGGCUGGGAGAGGGUUGGAAUAAGCAGGUCGGAGACAGAGAAUCCAGACAAUCCACACUUGGACUUGGAACCACGGCCCACAGCAGCCUCGUCUCUAAUUUCUCCACCAGAACCAGUGGCAGCACCAGGGAACGGAGACACUGCGGUUGGAUGGUUGUGAGUUUCCACCUUGAUCAAAGUGUGCACGGUCUCAUUUUUGGAGCUCCAUUUGAGUCCAUUUUUAGCGUCUGGAGCGAAAAAGUAAGCCUCGGAUCCGUGGAAAAUGGCCGCGUUAUCACUGUAGGCACUGAUAGUAUACUCUGGAUGGAGUUUGUGAGUAUUCCUGAUCAUUUGGAAAAGAGACAAAUCUUUCUUCUUUCCGUCAAUUUCCCAGUCAGCGUUGAAAAUCUUGUGUCUGCAGUGUUCGGAGUUGACCUGAGCGAACAUGAACAAUUCCACAUCAGUUGGGUUUCUUCCAAGCUGUUUCUUGAAAGCCUCCAUCAGGUAAGAAAUUUCUCCCUCAUCCAGGGCCAAUCCCAGUUCCUUGUUGGCUGCGAGAAGAUUGUCUUUGGAAGAAAUCAGAUCAACAUAUGCCAAUGGUUUUGGCUCAUGGUCUUUGAAAAGGUCAUCGUAGACCGGAACAUGAUCAUUAAUGUACAACGACUGAGUCAUUCUGUCGUAAACAGAACUCAAACAGCUGUAUUUGUCGCCAGCGAAGUAUUGCAAGAUAGGGAAGCCAGGUCUCAUUUGCAACAAGAUGGCCAUUCCUCUUUCGACUCUGUCGACCUUAUCUCCUAA